AUAAUCGGAGUUGUAAAUAAAAACAUCCCCGUUAUGGGGUUAAGAAUAUUAUCAGUGUGUAUUGCCCUGUGUGUGAGUGCGACUGCCUCUCCACGUUAUCAAGAUGAAGGAGCCUUCGAUAGAAAAGCUGUUGAAACCGUUCCGCAACAUGAACCAAUUGCACCUCCUAUUAGAGCAUCUGUUGAAAGUAUACCCCUAAGAAAUCUUCAGGACGAAAGCGAAGGUCGUUUACCAUUGCGAGAUGCCGUUGAAAAAAGACCUAUUCCUGUUCUAGACCGGGAGUCCUUGCACAAAUACGUCGAGGACGCAAAGAACGUGAAUGUCUUUAAAGAUGUAGAAAAUCUCCAAAAAUACUACGGCGCUGCAAGUCAUUUAAAUAAUAGUUCGCGUACAGAUGAGAGACUGCACUUGGGAAAUGCAAAUCUCCAAGAAAUGCAACAGACUGUGAAUGGUCCUGACGCUCGUCGUUUGGUAGUGUGUUAUUUGGAAUCAUGGGCGGCGUAUAGAGCUCCACCCUUAGCUUUUACAGCGGGCCUCGUGCCUAAAUCAUGUACAAAUCUGCACUACGCCUUUGCCGUCUUACACCCGCAUACUUAUAACGUUAUAUCGGCUAAUGAAGAUUACGAUGUAAUAAAAGGUGGUUACAGAAUAGCUACAGGUUUGAAACGACGAAUCCCCGGUCUCAGGGUUCUUAUCAGCGUUGGAGGAGACGGUACGGAGCGGCUAUUUAGCGAAAUGGUACAAGAGCCAUACCGACGAAACUCGUUCAUUGAUAGUGCAGUCAACUUUUUGCGAGAACACGACUUCGAUGGGCUCGACCUUCAUUGGGUUUACGCAGGUGACAAAGACGACAAGGAAAAAGAAUUAUUAACAACGUUAUUGUACGAACUUCGCGAGAAGUUCUCAUCUUAUGGCUUCCUAUUGUCAACGGUGCUGCCACCAUUUAGGUACCAAAUCGAAGACGGCUACGACUUAAGCGCAGUGAGCGGGGCGACCGACUACACGAUCCUACAAGCGUGGGACAUGACGCACGGCAAGCGGGACGACCCGCCGCCGCGCGCGCUGCAGCACAGCGCGCUGCACCGCGACCCCGGCGCGGCGGCCAGGGACCAGCGAUAUGAUAAUGUGGAGUUCAUGGUGAAAUACAUCCUCCGACAUGGUAUGGCAGCGGACAAGCUAGUACUGGGAGUUCCACUAUUCGGGCGCUCGUACACGCUCGCUGCGGCCACGCUACCAGCGCCUGGCGCGGCUGUUAGCGGUUGGGGAGAUGAAGGAGUGUACACGCAGACUAAGGGAAUGAUGGCGUAUUUUGAGAUAUGCAUGAUGGAACGAGAAGGGAAGGGCGUCAGCGGUGUUGACGACGCCGGCAACGCCUUCGCUGUAUUUGACAAUCAAUGGAUCAGUUAUGACACGCCCAAUACCAUUUUGGAAAAGAUGAAAUUCAUAACAACGGCUGGUUUAGCCGGUGCAGCAGCAUGGGCUAUCGACAUGGACGACUUCCGAGGACUUUGCGGCUCACCUUUCCCAUUGUUAAGCGCUAUCUCUAUUAGUCUUAAUGGUGAAGCAACUCUCACAGACCAGUCUUCCCUCAAGAUCGGUUCUUGCGAUUCUAACACCCCAUACUUAGCAUCAGACGAAGAAUCUUGUGCUCACUUCCACUUCUGUACCGGCGGUAUCAGUUACCGCAUGGUCUGUGAAGAUGAUCGACUUUAUGAUCCUUCUACUGGGUUCUGUGGACAUCAAGAUGUCGCCAAAUGUAUUCCAGGCCAAACCCUCAGAAUAAGUGUCGAAGAUGCAGCAAGAUUUUUACCAGUCGCAUACGAAAAUGAUUUCGAAUGGAACAAUUCUCCAGAAAAAGCAUCGCCAAUGCAAAAUUCUUAUACUGCUGUAGCGGAAAGUAAGAAAGGAAAAGAGAAUAACAAGAAAGUGGUAUGUUAUAUGACAAGCUGGGCCUUCUAUAGACGAGGGGAUGGCAAGUUUGUACCAGAACGAAUUGACACUAGACUCUGUACCCACAUUGUGUACGCGUAUGCGUCUUUAAGCCCAGACGAUCUUAUUGCUAAGGAGUUCGAUCCUUGGGCAGAUAUCACUAACAAUCUAUAUGAAAGGGUUACUUCUCUAAGUGACGUAACAAUUCUUUUGGGAUUGGGAGGCUGGACUGAUUCUGCUGGUGACAAGUAUUCGCGAUUAGUAUCAUCCCCAGUGUCUAGAGCUAAAUUCAUUGACAAACUCAUACCUUUCCUUCGUGCGUACAAUUUCAAAGGUCUUCAUUUGGACUGGAAUUAUCCAGUUUGCUGGCAAAGUAAUUGCAAAAAGGGUGCAUUAUCUGAUAUUGCCAACUUUGCGAAGUUCGUCAAGGAACUCUCUAAAGCCCUGCACGGAGCUGACAUGGAACUGGGCGUGGCUCUCUCCGGAUACAAAGAAGUUAUUGAAACCGCAUACGAUUUGCCCGCUAUAUCAGCAGCGGUUGACUUCAUGAGCGCGAUGACGUAUGACUAUCAUGGUGGUUGGGAACGAUCCACUGCGCAUCAUACGCCGUUGGUGCCUUUCAAGAAGGAUGCCCUUGCUUAUUAUUCUGUGGAAUAUGCCAUUAAAGCUUUAAUCGGCGGUGGUGCCGAUCCGAAUAAACUACUUCUUGGAUUAGCGUUCUACGGUCAAUCUUAUCGCUUAGCUGAAUCUGACGGACCUAAAGGCCCAGGAUCUCCUGCAGCUGGACCUGGUGAACCUGGUGAAUUUACCAAACAACCUGGAAUGUUGGCUUAUUAUGAAAUAUGUUAUAGAGAAAAGAAUCUUAGAUGGAAAACUGGGCGCCAGGAUAAAGCUGGUCCAUACGCGUAUUCAGAUAAUCAAUGGGUCGGAUAUGAUGACCCUAAAUCAAUCAAAGAAAAGGUCGAAUGGGGUAUCCGUCAAGGUCUUGGCGGUGUGACAGCCUGGGCGAUCGACUUAGACGAUUUCAACAACCGCUGUUGCGCGGAACCGUUCCCGUUACUGCGAGCUGCUGGUCGUGCGCUUGGUCGUGCUGUGCCAUCUCCUCCAUCUGCACCUUGUGAACGACCACCUGAACCUGUUACACCUGCACCACCUACCACUACGCCUGCUGAGUCUGAUGGUGCUACAGUUGGCGGUAGUCACGAUCACGGACAACACACGAGUACCACCUGGCCGAGCUGGACACCACCUUCCACACAGGCUACACAGCAAACCUGGUGGCCACCAGCUACUACCACCUCUAGACCCAGUACAACUACUACAACCACACGCCGGCCUAUAACCACUACCACUACUACGAAAAAACCAGCUUCACAGGAUACAGGUGUAGAAGGCUCAGUAUGCGUAGCGGGCGAGUACAAGGCCGCACCAGGCGACUGCGAAGCGUACUUACAAUGUGAAGGCGGUCACUGGCGCAAGCAUCGUUGUGCCCCUGGUUUGCACUGGUCCUCGAGAGCUAAUCGAUGCGACUGGCCUGCUUUUGCUAUGUGUACAGCAAAUUCAGUAAGUGAAGCAAGCACAACAACAACGACCACUGCUCCAUGGACGACGCGACCUCCGCCAAAACCAACCACUACCAGACGUACCACCACAACAACAACAACUACUACUACUACUACCACAGCAAGACCUACUACUACUACUACUAAAAGACCUACUACUACCACUGCAAGACCUACAACAUCAGCUGGCACAGUCUCGCUCGAAGGCAAGCCCUGCAAUGGACAGGACUACGCGCCGGUAGCUGGUGAUUGCGGCUCGUACUUACAUUGCGAUGGGUCAGCGUGGAGACGUCAACAGUGCGCACCGGGAUUGCACUGGAGUGCAGCUAAUAAGCAUUGUGACUGGCCUAAAUAUGCGGGCUGUCAGGAUAAACCUACACCUACACAAAAAACUACGACUACACCUAAACCGACGCGUCCACAAACUAGACCACCUAGACCACCAACAACACCAAGCGGCAACGGCGCAUUAGAAGGUGAAUCAUGCGGCGGCAACCAAAUGCACGCAGCAGCAAGUACAUGUGACGCGUACUUACUGUGCGUGGGCGGAACUUGGCGCCGCCAGCUGUGCCCGCCCGGCCUGCAUUGGGAUAACCGUUCUAAGCGCUGCGACUGGGCUGAGUUCGCUAUGUGCGAAGUGAGCAAAGUGACCACAAAAUCGCCAUACCAAAUGACAUAUAGUACAACCACUAAGCGACCAACGACAGCGAGAUUUUCCACUACAACCAGAAGAUCUGUGACGCAGAACGAACAAUACCAGACACCGACGAACUGUCGCACGGGUACGUACCACCCGCACCCGCGCUGCGAGAAGUUCUACGUGUGUGUGAACGGCGUGCUCGUGGCGCAGAGCUGCGCGCCCGGCCUGGUGUGGCGCCGCGACCGCUCGCAGUGCGACUUCCCCACGCCCAACGCGUGCACGGACCGGCGGCAAGUGGCUGAUGGUGCUACUGCUAAACCGAAUGCGCCGCUGGUGGAGGAGAAGCCUACCUUCUGUGAAAGCGGACAAUACGCAAUGGAUCCUACUGACUGCUCACGAUAUAUGCACUGUCUCUUCGGUAAAUUUGAAGAAUUUGCUUGUGCUCCCGGCUUACAUUGGAACCAGGACAAGCAAAUCUGUGACUGGCCACAAAACGCUCAGUGCACGGUGAAAGCGCCAACUACAAGCGCACCAGCUCUACCUGAACCGGAACAAGUGUUAGAGCCCCACGACCCUGUUAUAUCAUCUCCUCCUGAAUUGGUAGAUGAGAAUUUGCGACCUCCGCUACUUAAUAGUCGUUACAAACUGGUGUGCUACUACACGAACUGGUCGUGGUACCGUCCCGGACUCGGCAAGUUCUCGCCCGCUGACAUCGACCCGUCCCUGUGCACUCAUAUCGUGUACGGAUUCGCAGUUCUCGGUGACGAUGGACUUCUCACUCCACACGACCCUUGGGCUGAUACUGAACAUCAUUUCUAUGAACGCGUAGUGGACUUCAAGAAGUACGGUACCAAAGUAUCUCUCGCUAUCGGUGGAUGGAAGGACUCAGCGGGUGACAAGUACUCAAAGCUGGUGAACAACCGCGCUGCUAGAGCUCGCUUCGUAUCUCACGCUCUGCAGUUCAUUGAGAAGUAUGGCUUCGAUGGAUUGGACCUUGACUGGGAAUAUCCUAAGUGCUGGCAGGUGGACUGUUCCAAGGGUCCCGAUUCAGACAAGGAAGCGUUCGGUGAACUUGUUCAAGAACUUUCAGCAGUAUUCAAACCCAAGGGUCUCUUACUCUCUGCUGCGGUAUCUCCCAGCAAGAUGGUGAUAGACGCGGGAUAUAAUGUGCCAGUACUAGCGAAGCAUUUGGACUGGAUCGCUGUUAUGACUUACGACUAUCACGGCCAGUGGGACAAGAAGACGGGACACGUUGCUCCAUUAUAUUACCAUCCUGAUGAUGACAAUACUUACUUCAAUGCGAAUUACACAAUGCACUAUUGGAUGGAAAAAGGAGCACCAGCAUCUAAGCUAGUGAUGGGAAUGCCUCUGUACGGACAGACAUUCACAACAAUGUCUGGCUGGAACAACCGUGGUGCGAGUGGAUUGAAUGCACCUGCUUUGGGUGGAGGAGAUGCCGGAGAAUAUACUAGAGCUAGUGGAUUCUUGGCUUAUUAUGAGAUUUGCGAUCGUAUUAUUAACCGCAACUGGAUCGAAAUUAAGGAUCCAUACCAACGUAUGGGACCUUACGCAUAUAGAAACGACCAAUGGGUAUCAUUCGACGACGCAGACAUGCUUAAGAGGAAAGUUAACUUUAUCAAGUCUCUUGACCUUGGCGGUGGAAUGGUUUGGGCAUUGGACCUUGAUGACUUUACGAAUAGAUGUAACCAAGGAAAAUAUCCUCUCAUGAACGCCAUCAAGGACACUUUCCUGAAUCCCAACUCGGAGUUAGACACAGUUCAACCACAACUUCCCGAUCCCCAGAAUGAUGUUGAUGAAGACCUUGAUGAUAUCGAAGUAAUUGCAAGACCAACUCGACCAACUGCUCGUCCACCCACUCGUCCAACUAUGGCGACAACUACACAACUUGCUCCUCAGACACCUAAUACGCCUAUAAUGGAUGAACAAGAAGAAUAUAAAGUAGUCUGCUACUACACUAAUUGGGCGUGGUACAGACCCGGCCCUGGAAAGUUCGUUCCAAGUGACAUCGACCCAUCUCUCUGCACUCACAUCGUCUACGCGUUCGCGGUCCUCGACAGCUCACGUCUCGUCAUCAAACCUCAUGAUACUUGGCUUGAUGUUGAAAACAAGUUCUACGAAAAAGUAGUGGCCCUCAAGAAGCAAGGUGUCCGUGUACUCCUCGGUCUGGGAGGCUGGAACGACUCCGCGGGUGACAAGUACUCGCGGCUCGUGAACAAUCCCGGCGCGAGGAGGAAGUUCAUUGUGCACGCGUUGGACUUCCUGGACACGUACCAGUUUGACGGCCUGGACUUGGAUUGGGAGUACCCGAAGUGUUGGCAAGUGGAAUGUGAAAAGGGCCCAGUUUCUGACAAACACGGAUUUGCUGAAUUAGUAAAAGAACUGCGUGUAGCAUUCUCACGAAAACGCCUGCUAUUGACUGCUGCAGUGUCUGCAAGCAAACGUGUUAUCGAUUAUGCUUACGAUGUACCUACACUGUCAAAGAACUUGGACUGGAUAUCUCUAAUGACGUACGACUACCACGGCCAGUGGGACCAGAAGACCGGCCACUUGGCGCCCAUGUACGCAGGCGAAGAAGAUGAGGAUAAGACAUCUAAUGUGAACUUUACAGUCAACUACUGGAUACAAAAGGGCGCGGCACGCAACAAGCUCAUACUGGGUGUACCGUUAUAUGGACAAUCGUUCUCUCUGCUCGAGAACCGCGAUGACUCCGGUAAUAGCGGCGGUAUUGGUUCACCUUCCACUGCGGGAGGAGAGGCUGGUGAUGAAACUAGGGCAAGAGGUUUCCUUGCCUUCUAUGAGAUAUGCGAGCGCAUCCGCGUCCAAGGCUGGCGGGUAGUGCGCGACGCGGGCGGGCGCAUGGGCCCGUACGCGACGCUGCACGACCAGUGGGUGUCCUUCGACGACGACUUCAUGGUGCGGCACAAGGCGGAGUUCGCACGAGCCUCGGGACUCGCCGGGGCUAUGCUAUGGGCACUGGACCUGGAUGACUUCGCGGGAAGAUUCUGUGGGUGUGGGAAGUACCCGCUACUGGCUAAUGUCAAUCAUGUGCUGAGGGGAAAAACCGCCCCGCCGCCGUGUCAGCUGGAAGAACUUGCAAGUCCGCCUAGCAUCGAAGGACCAACAUCUUCGCCAAACGUUGAACCAGAACCAGAAAGUUCGACUACAGGAUCUUUAGCAGAUUCUGAACUAGAAACAGAUAUCGAGGUAGUCCCAUCAAGCUCAGUAGAAGGCAAGUCCUGCACAAGCGGGUUCCGCGCGGACGCAGAUUGCAGCAAGUACUACCUGUGUGUUGGCGGACGGUACAUGCAACUGUCCUGCCCACCGCCUUUGUUGUGGAACCAGAACCACUGUGACUGGCCUGAUAAAUCUCCUUGUAAGACCAAGUCUAGCUUAAAAUUGGCGUCUGAAGACAGCACCGACAACGUCAUAGUUAAAGAAAAACCGAUCGUCGCCUGCUACUUCACAAAUUGGGCUUAUUACAGGAAGAACAACGGCAGCUUCGGGCCGGACCAAGUGGACCCGGCGCUUUGCUCGCACCUUGUGUACUCAUGGGCACAUCUCAAUAGCUCCAAUACUUUGGUACCUGGAAACCCUGAACUCGAUGUGGUUAAUGAUUUCUACGGCAAGAUAACUGAAUACAAAUUGAAGGGUGUGAAAGUAAUUUUGGGUGUCGGUGGUAUUGAAAACUCGGAGGGUGAUGCCUGGAGCAAAAUGGCGGCAAGUCCCGAAAACAGAAAGAUAUUUGUGAGAUCUGCUCUGAAGUUUGUACAGAAAUGGAAUUUCGAUGGUCUUCAACUUGCAUGGCAAUAUCCCGUUUGCAAGAAAGCUCCUUGCAACAACAUCAAUACAGAAGACAAAGAUAACUUCUCCCUACUAAUAACCUUACUCUCUAAGACACUUCGUCGUCAUAAUCUAGAAGUUUCUGCGCUAGUUGCGCCAAACCCAGAAAUAGCAGCUUUGGCCUAUGACCCAUUAGUUCUUACUUCCGCAUUGGAUUGGGUUUCAAUCGCUGCCAAUGAUUACUAUAGCACGAAUACUCAGAGGACGGCCUAUUUGCUGCCCUUGGAGAAGACGGAGUUCAAUGAUAUGAGCUUGCAAUCCACAGUAGAAUGGUGGUCAAACGCAGUAGGAGCAUGGCGUGUAGUAGCUGGUCUUCCUGCGUAUGGUCGCUCGUACGUACUUCGCGGGGACAGUUCUGAGCUUGGCGCUACUGCUGUUGCGCCUGGAGACCUGCAACCAGCUACGGAAGUACCCGGCUUCCUUGCGUAUUAUGAGGUAUGCGAAGCGUGGCUCAAAGGUGGCUGGCGCGAAGUGACCACCCCAACCGGUACAUACGCAACUGACGGCACCCAAUGGGCCACUUACCUCAUACCCAGCGAAGCUCACCGCGCGGGAAAAAUACUUUCCCAAGCGGGAACACGUGGUGCAGCAAUAUGGGCAUUAGAUCUGGACGACUGGCGUGGUUCUUGUAAGUGUUCGAGAUCACUGCUAGCUGCGCUCAGACUGGGACUGAUGGAACCUGAGUUGAGUACUGCUGUGUGUGCCUAGACUGUAUCCCAAGGACUUCCGCGCUGCUCCCAAACAUGGUUUAUACUACUUACUCAAAACAAUAAGUUGAAAGUUCUCUCAACCAAUGAUGCUGAAAGCUGUUAGACUCGCCCAAUGACGAAGAUGAUGCAUCUUACUAUAAUCUAUUUUUAUCUACUGACCAACUCCGUAGACUUCUCGACAAAUGGUCAGAAUAAAACCCUGCUAGAAAACGUCCUAAAACUAUAAUUAGACUAGAUAAGGACUCCAGUAUGAUAUAAUAUCACUAUAAGCUAUUGUUACUGACCAACUAAAGAUUUGUCAAACCUUCCUAUUCUUCGUGAUGAUGAAAGCACAGUGCAAUGUGACGUCAUGUGGAACAAAUUUUCUGUCUACAUUGUACAAUUUAUCUUAUCGUCGUUCAACAGUCUCAUUAGAACUAAUUUGCAAUAUGCGUAAGAGUGGUGCAAUAAUUAUGUAUUACCAUGGACCAAUAUAUUAUUACUUACGAAAAGUAUGUACUUAUUAUUUGUAUAAAAGAUAGGCUGACAUUAGCAAAAAUAUGGUCGUUUUUUAAACACAUAUUUUAAGGGAUAAUUUCAAAAAUAUGAAUUGUAUCUGAAACAUGAUUUCAGAUUGAUUUUCAUUCAUAUUUCUUAAUUUCGAUUUAAGUUUAAUGUUGGUCAAAAUUUUAAAUCUAUACUCAAAAUGCUUUCGAGCAUGCCAUACUUUAGUUGUAAGAACGAGUCUCAAUUUAGAGUUAUAAGAUAAAGUCUUAAUAGUCUUAGAUUAUUUAAAAAGAAUUUCGUGAUAUUUUUACUUAACUAUCACCUUCGAAUCCAAUUAAUGUAAUUGAGUUCAAGUAAUAAGAUACCUAAGUACCUAUAUUUUUUAUACAUGCAUGUCAGUUACCAAAUGUUACCAUACUAUAUAUUAUAUACUAUCUAAGUAAAGUUAAUAUUACUUUCAUUUAUGUGUUUCAUAAUAACAUUUUGGAAAAGAUUUAUGUAUCAUUCAGCAUUAUAAAAGAAAUAUUUUACAAAGUGUAAACACAUCAAUUGUACAUUUUCAAAUGUAUAGGUACAUAGUAUAAAAUAAAAUGA